AGCAGAGCACUUUCAAAGCCAACGACAUGCAGUUCAUCUUAGUCACCUUGCUGGCCUCCGUGGCUGCUGCUGUUCCCCAAGGCUACGGCGCCCCCCAACCCCCUCGUUAUAACUCCGAGGAGAUCGCCAUCUUGAGGGACGAGCGCGUGAUCGAGGACGACGGAAGGUACAACUUCGACAUGGAGACUGCCAACGGCAUCGUGUUUACAGAGCACGGCACUCCCGGAGAGAAGGGAGCCAUCAACAGCGCCGGAUCCUUCUCAUACACCGCUCCUGACGGCACUCCCAUCAGUCUCCAGUUCGUGGCUGACGGGAACGGCUUCCAGCCCCAGGGCGCCCACCUGCCCGUGGCUCCCGAGUUCCCCCACCCGAUCCCUCAGUUUGUCCUCGACCAGAUCGCCUUCGCCGCUCAGGAGGACGCCCGCAGGCCCCAGGAACCCUCCGGCAGAUAUGGCGCCCCCUAGUCAUGCCGCGAAAUUAAGUGUAGAUUGUGCAGUUACUAUGUUCUGUUGUGUGGAUGUGUUCAUGCCUCUGUUUCUAUUUAUUCGUACGAGAAAAGUAAACGAUAAAAACGA